AUGGGUGCCCUCGGAUCGCUUCCUCCGGGCAUUCCCAACACUCCCCCUCGGGCCGAUGGGCAUCCUAAGCAUUUCCAUAAGCUUUUGGUGCCUUGGCUUUGCGAGGGGUUUGUGGUACAGAUUCUGUGGUGGCAAGCUGAAGAAGCCUGCUUUUGCUCACUUUGCAGCCGGAGCAUACGCGGUUUUAAGAUCCAGUCCAAGCAAACAAUUGCUCAACACAAGAAGAGAGAUACUCAGCAACAAGCCCAAGCCGCGGAAUCACAACCUCUGGUGUCUCGCAUAGGACUGCAUACAGUUACCACUCAAGCUGAUGUCGCACUUUCAGAGGAUCAGACUGGGGCACUUGAUUCUACCACUGGCGAGAUACAGGAGUCUACACACCUUCUAGAUGAUUCUGGUGUCACUUUUCCUAGUGCUGGAGACUUAGACAGUCCUGACUCUCCUGAAGGUUCUCACUGCGCAGAUCAGUCAUCUCCGGCGCAAUCUGUGUUUGACGACGAUGUCAUACCUAACGAUAUACCUGAUGAGCUUGGAGCUGCAGCCAAUGAUGGCAAUCCCUCUCGGGAAGAUGCAAUGGUCAAUGGAGCAGAAUCUGAUGCGCAUGCCACUGGAGGACAAGAUGAAGAUGCAAAUGCCGCUGGAGGACAGGACGAAGAUGCGCAAGAACGUGCUCGCCUUCUGGAGGAUGAUAGUGGACUUGCACCUGCAUUCCGUGAACAACCCCCGUGGCAGCUUCGGAGCAAAGUCUAA